GGCAAAAGUACAAAACUGAAAUAUUAGUUUUGUUGUUACUACCGUAGUAUUUCAUUUCAAGUCGAUAAUGACCAUUUUUUCGUGCAAACAGCACAUUUUUAGCUUGUUUCGGUUCCUGUGUUAGGUUUUAUAGCCUUGGUUUACUUUUGUCAGAUUUACAAAAGUUACGUACGAGGUACAGAAAGGAAAGAGUUGUCACCUCAGCCUCUCCUGCCAGAUCAACAUGACGCAGUCGUUUUCGCCACCAAACAGUCCUUCGCAGAAACUCACCCAGACUUUCGGUACGUACCGUUCGGAGUCUUCGUCAUCCAUUUAUAGCACGUUAUCAGACCGCCAUUUGCCACCCUUUUCGGACCCAAACUCACAGACGGACCCGGGACAGACGUUUUACAUACUUGUUGCCUCGGAUUGUCAUCUGGGUUAUGCUGACCGAGAUGAAAUGCGCAGAAUAGAUUCCUUCCAGUCGUUUGAGGAAGUUCUGGAUACUGCAGUAGAACAGGAUGUGGAUUUCGUGCUUCUGGGUGGCGAUCUGUUCCACGAGAACAAACCAUCCCGUUUCGCGGCUCAACAGUGUGCGAACCUGCUGCGACAUUACUGUAUGGGAGACAGGAAGACAAGCGUCCAGUUGGUUAGCGAUCCCGAAGUCAAUUUUGCCCACAUGGCUCCCAUGUUCCGACGGUUAAACACGAAGGAUCCGGAUUUGAAGAUUUCCCUGCCCGUAUUCUCCAUCCACGGAAACCACGAUGAUCCUAGUGGAUCGCGAUAUUUGAGUGAGCUGGAUCUCUUGCACACUUACGGACUGGUUAACUACUUCGGAAAAGUUGAGAAUAUUGAGGAAAUCGAAAUUGAGCCCUUGUUGUUCAAGAAGGGUCGCUCGAAAUUGGCCAUUUACGGACUCGGAAGUAUUCGAGAUGAGCGGCUACAUCGUGCACACAUCCAUGGCAAAGUGAAGUUCGUAGAGCCACCUGGUGGACCGGAGCAGUGGUUCGAUGUUUUCAUUUUGCACCAGAAUCGCCCCUCUCUCCGCGGUGGUACCAACUACAUUCCCGAAACAUUCAUACCGGAUUGGAUGGAUUUAGUGAUCUGGGGACACGAGCAUGAUCCCAUUCAUAUUCCGGAAAAGAGUAAAGUGAGACGCUGCGACAUACUUCAGCCCGGCAGCACUGUGGCGACGUCGAUGAGCGACGGGGAAAAGAAGCAGAAAUACUGCUAUCGGUUGGAAGUGUGUGGAGGGAAGUAUCGCACGGAUCCGAUUCCGUUGAAAACAGUGCGUCCUUUUGUUAUGGAAGAUAUUGAUCUGAAAUUGGCUGGGUUAAAAAAAGAUGACAUUACACUGGGAACUAUCCGUGCUGAUGUCGAGAAGUAUCUGACUAAACGAAUGGAACGCAUCAUCCGGCAUGUGGAAAUUAAUCGCGGGGAAAAACAACCAAAAGAACCGCUUGUGCGUUUACGUGUCGACUUCGGCAACAUUGAGCCUUUGAAUCCGAUUUUGUUUGGACAAAAGUUUGUCGGUCGGGUUGCCAAUCCGCGUGACAUAAUAUUACCAGUGAAGUCCAAGGAAAAAGUGCCUGCGAAGGAUAAGAAUCUGGGUAAAGCAGUUUAUAAACCGACCAUCGUGCUUGAUACCGUUUCGAUCGAAGAUCUUGUGGUGGAUUAUUUCGUGGCCAAGUCGGACGAGAUGGUUUUGUUUGAUCCAAAAUUGCUUACGGAAGCAUUGCGCGAGUUCGUUCAAAGCGACGAUAAAGAUGCAGUCAUGGAUAUGUAUGAAUUCCAAAAAGGGCGCGUCGAAGAGUACCUAUCCGAGAUGGGAGAGACCGGUUUCGAAUCAAAAGAUCUGCGCGGAAAUGUGCUGAAGUACCAUACUGAGCAUUCGGACAUUCCGGCCUGUAUCAAAGAUUUCCGAGAUUGGCGGGCAGCUAAUAAAAAACCUGUCAAGAAGCCAGCCGCUGCUGCCAGAGGACGGGGACGAGGGCGCGGAGGAGCCACCACUGCGACGCAGUCGCCACCUCGUCGGCGCAAAGCGAAAGUGGAAGAAAUAACGAUUGAUGAUGAUGAUAGCGAAGAGGAAUACGUCCCUAGUAGCAGCAGAACAGCACGUGGUGGUCGUGGAGGACGAUCGCGAGCUGCAAGUCAAACUGCGUCCACGCCUUCGUCACGCUUACCUGCUGCUGCUAGAGCCAGAGAAGGACGUGGUGCAGGAUCUCGAAAACUUACAGAAUAUUUUGAUGUCACUUAGUAUUUCCACAUUGAUUUCUUUUUCGUGUAAUGAAUUAUGGUGUUCUUGUUCUAGUGUGAGAACUACUAUUGUGUUUUUGUAUAGUCUGUACAUACGAGAAUUAGGAAUCUGGAAUAAUCAGCUUAUUGUGUUCCGUUAUAUUGCGUCGAGUUUUUAUUGCUUCGUUGCUGUUAGCCGACUCGAGAAUAAAAAUAAUUAAACUG